CCUAUUACAUUCCAAUUUAUAUUUUAGAUUUAAUUUCCAUUGACUUGUUAAAAUCUUAAAAUCUUGCCACUUUUUGCCACCUCGUCCCAUUGUAGUAUUAUAACCUUAAUACUUCUGUCCUGCUUUAUCAUUAAAUAAAUGCCAUAUUUUUUUUCUUCUCACACCCUUCAUGAUUUAUGAGGGUACAGCCCAUUCUCGAAGUGAGCUCGGUAUGUUUCUCGAAAAUGCCAUUCUCGUCUCAUUUUUAAAAAGUCAGCGGAUACGUUGUCUCCGGUGUUGUCACCACCACGCCAUUGAAACACUCCGACCGAUCUUUAUGACUUGAUUCCGUUUCAUUUCGCCGCUUGAUUGGGUUUCGACGGAAAUGGUAUUCUAUUAACGGAUGGGGGUUCGUGAUUUUGGGACAAUUUUUGUGUCAGUUUUGAACCGAAGUUGCCCAUUACAGUCGUGUUGUGCGCGUGCGCCGGUGCGUGUUAGUUGCGUUCGAAGCACGCUCAAGAAUAGCCGUCAUUGCGAUGGUUCCCGCCUGAAACAUUUACUGUCAUCCGUAAAGCGUUGGUCAUAAACGGCUAGUAACCGGCAUCGGCAGUUGCGUAACAGAACCGAAGUCGUCCUUUGAUACAAUAACGCAUAUCUUGUUUAACACGUUGUCGAAAAAAUACUGGCCUCUCAGUAUUCUUUUUGAACGAUACCUGUAAACCCGCGCGUGUUAACUUUCGGUAACUAUUCGUUCGUUAUCAUCUGAUGCCUGCCCACGCUUGAUAAAAAAGAUAAGAGUGACUAAAUAAGAUCUGAAAUCAGGUUAAUAAAAACUGCAUUUGUUUUCUACUAUAACUUGGACUUACAAUUGGUUUUUUUUUUUUAUAAACGUAAUGUACGCAUGAGUGAUGCGCCUGCCUCGAUGCAAGUGUUGCGCUGGGCCUAUUUUCGUACCACGGAAAUAAGAGCGGCAAAAGGAGCAAAAAGCACUCAGCCGGCUGAAAAACUGGAGGACGCAGUGCUGCGUGUAUUUCUGUCUGUUGUGGAUUAAUGUGUGUAGCUCUUUUUCUGUGGAAGUGAUUCUAUCUGCUGACAGUGUAGAAAAAUGAAGAAGAGAACGAUAUCGAAAAUAAAGUCUUUAUUUGGAUCAAAAAAAGCCAAACGGCAACUCCAACAGCAACAAUCGUCGAAAUCUUCACGGUCACCGUCACCGCCGCCGGAGCUCGAGCCGGAGGCGUCUAUCAAUGACACAUUUAGGCCUUUACCGAGGACACCUCCCCCGACCCGAGCCGGGCCGCCGCCUUCGCCGCCGGUGCCCACGCACCCGGUAGCCCCCGUCGCCCCUGAACCAUCAGCACCGCUUCCACUACUGCCGUGCCAAGUGUGCGGACGUACCUUCGUGCCGGAGUCUCUGGCCAAACACGUCAAAAUAUGCGAGAAGAUGACUGUAAAGAAAAGGAAGACUUUCGACUCAUCCAGACAGCGCCGCGAGGGUACAGACCUGGAACAGUAUUUGCCAAAGAACUUUGGUCUUCCAGAAAACAGCCCGUUCCUGGAAAAGAGUCCGCCUAAUACAGCCAAAGUGACGCCAAAGCCGAAAUCGCAAUCGGUCAGGAGCGCUAUUACAAAGCCAAUGGCCGAGCUGCAGAAGUGCCCGUACUGCGGUCGCGCGUUCGGGCUGCGUGCCUUUGAACGUCACGUGGAGUGGUGCGCCGACAAGGCGAAGAUACUGCCCGCCGCGCCCACCGCUCCGCCACCGCACUUGGCCGACGCGAAACUACGCCUGCACGCACGCACGCAGUACAAGGCCCCGCCCGUCCGUACACGAAGAUCAUCACAGUCUCGCGAUAAGGCGUCAAAUAGUCGAUCUGCGUCCGUGGACUCAUCACGCGGUGUAUCGCCACCUCGAGAAUAUGGUGACUACAAACCUGGGAGGACUAGAGCAUCAGAAUCCCUAUCAAGCAAUGACUGCCAGGAUGAUCUGUCUCCACAUAUUCCAGUUAUAAGAAAUUCACGAAAUACACAAAACAAUUCUUCAGGCGACGCAAACGUCAAAGCACGACAAGCCAGACUCGCAAGAGAUAUUAGCAACUCAAGGCUUGACGACAAUUACGACCCAUUUGCGUCAGCUGCUAAGCAAAUGAAAGAGCUUAUGUCUUCAGACACUAAUAUUCCGCAAAAACUUAAAAAUUCUUCCAAAGACCCUAACCGAACCCUUCCUAUCUUGCGUCCUACUAAAGAAAAAGCACAUUCCUACCUGCGCAUUACAGAUAAUACUAAAAUGAUGAAAGAUACUCUUAAUAAAACCUACCAAAAAACACCCACAUUACAAAGAAUGAAAUCUUUUGGUAGCUCCAACAAUGAUAAUACUAACAGCACAAUAGGUAGUAGAUGCAGUUCGUUUAGAUUAAAUAGAAAUGACAAAAAACCUAGUCCGAAAUUAAAUACUACAUUCACUAGAUCUAGUAAGGAAAACGUCGGUACCACAGACAAAAUGUAUUUUAAUCGUAAUAGUAGUCUAAAUAGGUCAUUUUCGAGCUAUACUACAUCUAAUUAUAGUACACCAAAACCAAAAGAUAAAAUUCCAAAAAUAGCAACAUCAAUGUAUCAUAGUUUCCAAAGAAAUACUAUAAAACAACCAGUUAAAUUAGAUAAAAUAAAGCGACCCGAAGAGAAAACAGAUUUUGUUAAUCUUGAUAUAAUCCUUACAGAUGAUAAUUCUUCCAUGACAGACAGUAAUUACAUUGACCCUAGACUUAUCAAUGAAAAUGAUAAUUUACCCAUAAAUGUUAACACAAUCUUAAAUAAUCCUGAUAUUAUAAGUAGUAUGGAAUCUUUACUAACUACAGAAAAUCUACCUGCUAAAUUUGAAUCUUUUAACACUAGUCAUCAAAAUAAUAAUGAGUGCAAUGAUGUUGUACAAUCAAAAUUUAAAUUUAGAACUGAAAAUAAUAACAUUAAAAGUACUGCCCCAACAAUAGACGAUUUAAGUGCUCAGUAUGAUAAAAUUAUGACAUCGUUAGAACAAAGUAUAGCUUCAAAAACAUCCAUCAGGGAUGAUGAUUCUUUAUGCGAGGACUUUGAUCUUGAGGAAUUCAUGACCUCAUUUGAUGAGGAAAUAAAUAGACAAAAAGUUGAAAAACGAACAUGCAGCUCGACAACUAGGGUAGUAAAGCAAUCAGAACUGGUUGAUAGUAACAGAACAUCGGAAUUUAAUAGCAUUAGUCCAUCCCUUAAAGUAGUUAAAAGUAGUAGUAAUGGUAUGAUACCAGUUAACAAGUCUAUAUCUCUUAAUUUUAGCAGUAACAAUAUUGUGAGUGAGAGUCUCUUCCCAUCUUCCGUAAAACGUUCCACAUCCCUCCUUGAUUCUAUUCAGAAGAAGAACACAGCUAAAGCAGAUAGUGCGAAGAAUCGUAAUAAAGUGGAUCAACUAGAACAAGACAUAAUGCAAUCUCUAAAAGAUUUAAACAAAUUUUACGAACCCGAAAGGAACGAUAAUAAUCAGACUCACAAGGAGUCUGCUAACUACAAAACUCCAGUACAUAAUGGUACGACUAAACGAGAUACACGCGUCAAAUCUGAAAAGAAAAUAAAGAAAAAUGAAAAUGUAACCAAUGAAAACUACACGCCUAAUGGUAAAACCAGUAACGACUCUGCCUAUAGCAGGUUAGUCAGCCUGAAUAGAAUAUCCCCUUCGAAGUUAUCCCUAUGUAAUUCGAAAGAAUCAAAUGGUGUAACAUCGCUUGAACAAAUCCCUGCUGGGUCCGAUUCCAGUGGCAAUCACAAGGAAGAUGUUCGAUCUGUCUCCAGUGAAGAAUUCCUCGCCAUGGAACGCUCUGCUGAAAUUGACGAACCCCACUCGCAGCUCGAUAUGCAUACAUCGUACAAGGAAUUAGAUUGUAAUGCUGCUAAUGAGAAACGAUCUAGUUCCCGCACAUCGUGGAAUCACGGCAGAAGUGGGAGCGGAGGCGGCGGCGGACAACUGAGCUCGAGCGGGUCAGAAGCGUCACUACAGCGACGCGAAGUGGCUGCGCCGCGCUUUUCGCGGUUCUGUCACGAAUGCGGCAGCAAAUUCCCCGUUGACACUGCCAAGUUCUGUAUCGAGUGUGGUGUGAGAAGACUCCUCGUUUGAAACAACCUCGCGUGAGAACCUUCUAGUCUAUGAUAGAGUUGAAUUAGUUAUUCGUAGGUUAUGAAUGAUAGAGAUCUGUUAAAAGCCGCUGUCUAAUUUUAUCUCUAAUGUGGCAAGCAACUGCUGAAUAAGGAUUUACUGAUACAGUUCUGUUUAUUUGUAAUAUUCUUAUAAUUUGUGUAUGACGAAAUAUCAUUGAUAUUGAUUAAAAAAAACAGUAUUACUCAUAUCUUAACGGGCAGAAUUGUCUCCUUUACCUAUGUUAGUAGAAAUGCAAAAAUAUCUAUUUUACUAUAUUAUAAACAUCAAUAACAAAUGAACAAAAUUGUUUCAUUUAUGGUAAAAUUCAUUGCAAUGCAAUCUUCAUGUACAAUCUGCACAAUUCAAAUAUAAAGUCUAAUAUAUUUUUUACGAUAAUAUAAUUAGUCCUGGAACUCUUAGCAUUUUCCAAAAAUAUAAAAAAUUAAAUAUAGAGUAUGUAUGGUAGUAAUGUAUAUGUAGAUUUCUAUACCUUGUUCAAUUUGUAACCGUAACAAUUAUAUUGUGUGGUUUUUGCAAACUUGAUGUAUUAAUUAUAUAGUAAAAAAAUCUAAUCACUGGAUUUAUUUUUAUUAAAUAGUAAAAAAAAAAAUACUUUUGCUAUAGUAUGAACAAGUGCCUGCAUUUCUAUUAUAAUUAAACCUGCACAAAGUGUCUGUCGGACGAUUACAUAUAUAUAAAAAAGAUUCGUCCCAUAUUUUAUUAUGCUCGCGAUAAAAUAAUAUAUAUAUUUUUCUUUUAAAUAUGUUACCAAGUUACUAUUGUAAACUAAUUUGUGCCUUUCUUAUGUAGCAAGAGCAAACUAUUGUUUCUGUUGGAUGUUUAUUUACUAGAAUUGUUGCUAUUACAAGAAUCGCCAAACCACUGGCCAGAGCUGUCCAAAUUUAUUUUAAGUAUCUGUGAUAUAUGAGAAAUGUUUUAUAGAUCAAAAUUAACUGUAUUAAUUUAUGUAACAAUUACUUUAUUUUUAGCACUGCAUGAAUUCCAGAGUGCCAAUUCAUUGUUUUGGAAAUGGGAUUUGUCAGUUUUUUAUUGACAAAAACAUUUUUUUUAUAGAAUGUAUUUAUUCUUACAUAACAUUUUCAAGGAUUUCCAGUCUCUCAUCUACAAUGUAGUUGGCCAUUUAACAAGACUGAUUUUAUUUUCAAAGUUUCGAACUACGAGUAAUCCUUAGUUAUUGUUGUAUAUUGUUUUAAUAAAAUAACAAUUUAUCAUGUAAUAAAUUAACAUUUUUUUUAAUAAA